UGCAAAGAGAUGGUUCAUUUGCGGGCUCCAAAGACUGUAACAGAUGCAAAUUAGGCAGUUGGAACAUGGCAUCAGUGGUCUGGCUGUCAAGCAGAACCUAAUAAGCCACCAAGCUGUAGUUCUGUUAAAAAUCUUAUUCAGUAGUUUCUUUAGUUUGAUAGGUCACAUUCGUGAAAAUAUGCAACAGUCGUGUAUCUUUUCUUAUACAUUUUAGACUUCUAGAAAACUGCUGAGAACCUCUGAACGAAAUCAUGUUAAACAAACGCAGCCCUUAAUUACCAAGAUGGUUAAUGUUAUAUAUUUUGCAGUGAGCACACAGGAGCAAUGACAUUCAGAAGAGAAAAAUAAAUUAAAGCUGCUUUCGGGAGUUCCUUAUAAUUACCAAGGCUUUGUGCAGUGAAGAAUGGUCUUGGAUGCACUUGACCUGAGUCUACAAUAUAACAUGGUGGGAACUCUAGACAAUGUAAUUAUUUUUUGUUGGGUCUAUGAGACCACAGGAAAUGUUCUUAAAUCAUAACAUAGUACAAUGUAGAAUAAACAGUCCAAUAAAAUCUAUGCAAUGUGGUAUUUGUAAUGUGACAUCCUGUAGAGACCUAAGUAAAUGUGGCUUCCGUAUGUCGUCAUGUAAAACAGGAUAGCUCUAAUGGACUGAGUUGUUAAGAGGGUAUUAUAAACAACUUGUCCCACUCUGAAGAUUGUGUUUUAAAAUGUACUGAAACUGAAGCUAUUUGAAUAGGGAAUAUAAAGAAACCCUUAGUCACGUGGCCAGACCAUGUUUCACGACCUACUUGUAUCCCUCGCAUUCUCGGGACAGUCUCCUACCACUGAUCUUGCACUGAAGCCGGUGACAUCACUCCUGAUAACUGCCCCAUACCUGUACCUGGAUGCCGGAGACGUCGCACCUGGAUGCGGAAGUCCUCACAAAGCAGGCUACGAGCCGUGUUUAUGGAGGUCGUAAACUUAUCUCCCUGAAGAAUAGGAAAUGUUUUAAUGCGGGAGAAAAUGUUGAACCGAAACUGUCUUGAAAUAUUUCUAAGCUGAACGGAAGGAGUUGAAGAUUCGUCAUUUCUCUAAAUAUGUUUUUCAGAGAUCGGGAGGAUAUGGAGCUGAGAGAGCGGUCUAAAGAGCAGGAUGAUGGCUGCGUUGAGCCCCUCAUGUCCGGACUGGCCAGCAUGUACUCACCUAUGACGUAUGACUACGUGCUGGUAGCAGACAGAGUAGAGGACAAGGAGGAUGCGGUGCACAAGAAGCAGGUGGCCUUUAUAGAGGAGCUCAAGAAGAAGAACAUGAAAGUCAACGAGAUUGUGCUAGAUGAUAAGGUGUUCUGGGGCGUGCUGGCCCCCAGUGAGGUGUUUGAGAAGUACAAGUACCUGCUGAAAGUCUCAGACGCCUGCAACUGGAGUGGAGACCAGAAAGAUGGCGUCCCCAAGUCCACCAGGAUCAGGAUAGUGUACUUUGUGUUACUCCACACGUUCCUCAACACAGGGGAGGACCUGAAGGAGUUGAUAGGGAAAGGGGUGUUUGAGUCCAUAUUUUGCCUGCAUGAGAGGAAACAGCAGAAGAUCUUGAAACAGAAAUGGGCUCGCUGGACAGCCCUCUUCACCCACCAGCCCUUCAGUGAAAUCAGGGAGUACUUUGGUGAGAAGGUGGCACUGUACUACCUGUGGCUGGGCUGGUAUACCUUCCUCCUGGUGCCUGCAGCUGUAGUGGGGGUCAUCAUCUUCCUCUACGGCCUUGCCUUCUUCAAAACCAGCCCUCUCAUACAAGAGGUGUGUGCGUCGCCUGUCAUCAUGUGCCCAACAUGUGAUAAGGAAUGUAAUGUCACGAAGCUCAAUAAAACCUGCUCCUACGCCAAGGUCAGCCAGCUCUUUGACAACGAGGGGACUGUAGCCUUCGCCAUGUUCAUGGCUAUUUGGGCCACCUUGUUCCUGGAGUUGUGGAAGAGACACAGGGCGAAGUACGUGUCCAGGUGGAAGGUGUCCGACUGGAACGACGAAGAGGAGGAACUCAUUAUGGAGAUUGUGAACGACCCAGAAUGCAAACCCAAGGAGUUCAGACACUCGUACUUGCGGAGUGCUCUGGUCCUGGCACUGGCUACACUCGUGCUGAUUGUGAUCAUUGGGCUGACCCAUGCGCUGGUGGUGUCGCGGCUGGUGGUACGGGUGUUCCUGUCAGAACAGGACCACUGGGGUUUGCUGAAGAAGCACGCCGAUAGCGCUGCCGUCAUGCUGGGUGCCAUCCUCCACUACAUCACCAUGCAGGUCAUGACCCGGGUCAACCGGGUGGUGGCCUUUAAACUCUGUGAGAUUGAGAAGUGCCGUUCAUUUGCAGCCACUGAGAGGAGCUUCACCGUCAAGAUGUUCACCUUUCAGUUCUUCACCCUCUUCUCCUCGCUCAUAUAUAUUGCAUUCUUCCUGGGCAGGAUUAAUGGUCAUCCUGGGAACUACGUUAGACUAGCAGGGAAAUGGAGACUUCAGGAGUGCCACCCUAGUGGCUGUCUGACUGACCUCUUCAUCCAGAUGGCCGUCAUUCUGCUGCUCAAACAGACACUCAACAACAUCUUUGAGUUCACCAUACCCUGGUUUCAACGCUGCUUCAGACAGACCAAAGCUAAGAAGCUGCAGCGUAGUUGUGGCAACUGCUACAGGAAGGCGUGUCGCCGGGAAGAUGGGAAAGUGGAGCCAUGUGACACCUGCAAGAUACGAGAUUGGAUGAAGAACUACCAUCUGAAUGAUGUCAACGCCUUCAGCCUCUUCAAUGAGUACCUGGAAAUGGUCAUGCAGUUCAGCUUCACCACCAUCUUUGUGGCUGCGUUCCCACUGGCCCCUCUGCUGGCUCUCAUCAACAACCUGUUUGAGAUCCGCCUCGACGCCAUCAAGAUGGUCAGCCUUGAGCGCCGCCUAGUGCCCAAGAAAACGAAUGACAUUGGCGUAUGGACUAAAGUGUUGGAGGCCAUUGGUGUGCUGGCGGUCAUUGCUAACGGGUUGGUGAUUGGCAUCUCUUCAGACUUUAUCCCACGGCUGGUGUAUCGCUACCACUACGGCCCCUGUGCCAACGGCACUGCCACCGACCUAGACUGUAUGACAGGCUACAUCAAUGACACUCUAGCCACGGCGUACAUGUCUGACGAGAGGGUCAGCAAGGACUUCACCCCUCAGCAGAUGAUGUUCGACGAUGGUCACGGCAUAGUCAACGCCACACAGUGCAGUUAUAAAGACUACCGCAACAAUGAAGACUACUCUCUCACCUCCCAGUACUGGUACAUUCUGGCCAUCCGUUUCGCCUUUGUCAUUCUGUUUGAGCAUGUGGUGGUCCUGUGUAAGUUCAUCGCCGCCUGGUUCAUCCCCAACAGCCCCAUGAGGGUGAAGAACCGCAGACUACAGGACAGAUUCAACAGACUCAAAGAGGAGCUCAAGUUUAUGAACUACAGGUACGACACCCAGGUAUGACACCGGAGGCUCCCAUACUGGACCUCAGCCAAUCAGAAGAGAGAAGCUGACCAACGCUCACAUACCUGAGACGUGACUUGCGUCAUGGAUGAAAGAACUUCUGCUGAAGCUGGACUUUAAGGACUGAUCAUAAAAUCAGAACGUAGCAUCACAGCUUCAGCUAAAAAGUUAAUUUGACACCGUCAUCACUGUUCCCAGAUCAGAGCACUGGGAAGGAAGUGAGAUGGCAACCAACACGUCAUGACACACAAGCUAAACUCUUACAUGUAGAAGUGUUUAUGCGCUGUACCAGUAAUAGCGCCGGUAUCUUAAUGUUUUUUUUAUCGCUCAGGAUUAGAAUUAGGUUAGAAAAAAAGAUUUAUGUGCCUAGAUUUCUUAUGCCCAGGGUUAGAUAUAGGCUGUUAUGUGCGUUGGCUCUGUGUAAAUAAGAUCCAUUGCAAUGGAUGAACCUUGAAGACCAUGCCAAGCACAAGUGGCAAUAAGUGCAAACUGUGAAACAGUUUUUUAACCAAUAAUUGUGUGUGUGAGGGUGUGUGUGAGAGAGAUUUUUUUUAAGCAUAUGUGUGUCUCAUCUAAUCCAUUGAAAAAGUCCAUGACAUUUAUUUCUUAUGUUGUGCUCACUGAGGAUCACGAAGUUCUCAGUGCGUGAGUGGCCUUUAAAUAACGAAUCAUGUAUUUGUUUACACUGUGUCCUCAGUAAGCUCUGAUGGACAGCAGUUUUAAUCAAGGCUCAGUGUAAAAUACCACCAGUAUGUGGUUUAACCAACGUUGACAUGACCAAAUAUGCACUAAUACAAUUUCAACUUUUUAUUCAGAAUGUUUAUGGUACGCACUGGAGUGUUUUUAUGAUGAUGUUGUUUUUAAACUUCUAACCUGUUUUAUCUAUAUUCUGAAAUCAUGUUUCCAAAGUGCUGAGUUAAAGGGUUUUCUGUAUUAGGCAAUCUGUGUCCUGUUGGAGGCUGAGAGAACCAUGGUAUCACACUUAGCACAAGAACCUCCAGCCCUUACACUGAUCAUACCGUAUUUAUACACAUACCGAGUUUAACUGUGUAACAUUCAUGAUGGAAAUACACUCUGGUUUCUUGUCCUUUACAGUUUAAUUUAGCUAAUAAAUCUUUUUUUUUUAUUUAA